AUGAGCACCAUCACAGAGACGGUUGCACCAACGACCAAUGGCGUUACGUCCUCUGCGAAGCAAGGCCUGCUCUACGUCGGGGCGCGCUUCACGAACCCGGAUCUUAGGUACGAGGACUGGGCACGCUGGUACGACGAGAUACACAUGCCCCACCUUGCCUCCAUGAGCGGAUGCCGGGCAGCUAUGCGCUACGUGCGCAUCGUCGACCCUAAUGCUCCUCAGGAGCAGAAACAGUCGUCAGCCUUGCCAUACCUGACCCUCUACCCGCUGCACGACGUCAGCUGGCUCCAUGGCGACGAGUUUGACUCGGCCAAGGACAGCACCGAGGCCGACUACUUGCCGGGAAGGAGCAUUUUCAAGAGUGUCGACUUCGAGGGACGAGGCUAUGAGCUUGUAGGCGGAUCGGCGGUGAUGGGCGGAGGUGAAGGCCAAGGCUCUACCAAGUUCAUCGUGUUCACCACGUUCAAGUCAGCCGAAGGAAAUGCCGAAACUGCCGACAGCGCUUGCGUGGAGAAGUUCUACGGCGUGCCCGCCGCGCUUCCGGGAUGUCGUGGAAUGAGCCGGUACCGCUAUUGCGACAACCAGCGGCCGGAAAUGGCAGCGAAACAUGAAAUCAGCGGCCAAUGGCCAGCCCGCGAUCUCGUGAUCCACGGUCUGGACAUGGAGAAGCUGGAUGUUGGGUUGAUUUAUCGGGCGAGGGAUGAGGUUGCCAGGCAGCUUUCGGACCCGUCGGCGCUGGAUGUUGCAAUCUACGAGCUAGUUACUGGGUUGGAUGGCUAG